CACUCCAGGGACCCCCUCUGCCCCUCCCUUUCCUUUACAAAGCCGGAUCCCAGAGACGUUUGGUCUUUCUCAGCGCCCAACGCACAGUGCCCAAAUUCGAAUAACGGCCAGUGUGGUGGGAUUUAAAAUCCUCAAUGAAGUCCUAUCUUUUCCUUCCUUGUCCACCUGAUGGCCCUUGACAAAGUGCCCUAGAGAGGGAAGCCAAUGAUUGUAUCCUGGAAGCCAAUGAUUCCUGCUUCCUGCUUGGCGCACAUUCGCUCUCUCAGGUCUCCGGUGAAGGGAGCUGAUCGCCCUGCCCUGGAGGCCAUCCCACCCCACCCUAGAAGCCCUUCGUCCCAAAGGAACAUUCCAGAAAACCCAAUCUUGCAGCUGAGAAGAGGCUGGACUCAUAGACCUAAACCAGUGAAAAAUCCUGCUGAGCUAUGGGCAAGGCAUUCUCCCAGGUAACCUCUCAACAGGAUGAGGGCAAGUCAAUCCUAUCUGCUAACCCAGCCCUUUCGAGCAAGCCUGCCAACUACUUGAGCACCGGUAACAGCAAGCCACCGUGCUCUGGUGUGCUUUAUGCAAGAGCUGCUGGCGCCGGCUUUGUGAUUUGUCCUACCUGCCAAGGCAAUGGGGAGAUCCCCCGAGAGCAAGAGAAACAGCUGGUAGCCCUCAUCCCUUAUGGAGACCGAAGGCUAAAGCCCCCACACACGAAGCUCUCAGUGUUCCUGGCCGUGAUCAUCUGCCUAGUGACUUUCACCCUCACCAUCUUUUUCCUGUAUCCACGAUCCAUUGCUGUGUAUCCUAUAGGCCUCAACUCCUCCAUGGUGACCUUUGAUGAAACUCAUAUACGACUCAGCAUGACGAACAUCUUGAACAUCUCCAACAGCAACUUCUACCCCAUCACGGUGACAAGACUGACUGCAGAGGUUCUCCACCAGACCUCUGUGGUAGGCCAGGUGACCAGCAGCCUCCGCCUGCACAUCCGUCCUUUGGCUAGUGAACAGAUGCCUUACAAAGUUGCCAGCAGUAUUCUGGAUGAAAACACAUACAAAAUCUGUGCGCAGCUGAAAGUCAAAGUCCACCAUAUUCUUCUGCAUAUCCAGGGUACUCUGACCUGCUCCUACCUGAGCCAUCCACAGCAGCUGCCCUUCGAGAGCUUUGAAUAUGUGGACUGCAAGGAAAACAUGUCAAUGCCCCACCUGGAGAUCCCUCGCCCAGCCUGACCUGUCUGCUGCCCCUGUACUCCAGACGCCUGCAGGCUGGUCGGCAUCCCAACCCCAUGAAGCUCAAGGAAGGACUAGGGACUUUGCUGAAGAAAACAGAAACAUCUAGUUCUGUUGUGCCUUCCCCUGACACCCUCAGCACAAGGAACUUCUUUAACAAUGCCAUAGGCACCGACUCCUCAGAUGUCCACGGGUCACUUCUGAUGAGUCUUACUCAAACAUCUGACCUGGCAUUAUCUUGGGGCUGAUCACGUUGCUUCCCUGGCUCUACCCGGGUGGGUUUUCAGUUGGAAUGGAGAGAAAGCUAUAGUUUUAUUUAGAUUUUUUUGCUAUAGUUUUAUUUAGAUUUUUUUAACAGCACAGGUGGAUCCUCCUAGUAACAAGUAGCUUAGAGGACAUCCAGUGCUGUCUCCAAGGUCUUUUUAGAUGUUCUCUUGUGCUGUCUGCUUUGGGCAUGUGAUAGUGUUGGUGAUGGUCUAAACCUCUUCUAAACCAUCUAAACCUCUUCUCUGUAGAACAUCUUCCAUGUCAUAGCAGAAGUUAAGGUGAGGAGAAGCCAUCUGGUCUACCCUAGACCAAAGGCAGAAUCAAAAGUAUUUAUUAAAGGAAGGUUUCAAGCCCAUGGGAGUGGACACAGGUAGGUCAGACAAUAGAGGAGGCCCAGUGACUGUUCAGAGAACCCAUGGGUUCUCUGCAUCAGGCCCACCCUCUGUUCCCAAGGUCUCUGCUGUCCUCUAGGCCUUGACUGAAGAGUAACAGAUUCACCAGAACUGGACUAGAUCUUCCCUUGCCUGUCACUGCACUGGAACCAAACCCCAAGUGACUCCCAGUUUCACACCAGACUUCAAAUAGAAGUGAUAUUGGUAUUGCAAGAGAGCUGGGAUGUUGUUUACUAAAGCUAACUAACCUUUUCCCUUCAUACAGGUGGAAGGGUGAACACAGUUGGUGUGGUGGGGAAAGCUGAAGAAGUGAGAUGGAUGCAAUAACAUCCAUGGAUGGUAACAGAAUUCUAUAACUAGCUGGGGCUAAGAGGAGGGAGAGAAAGUCUAUCGUCACCAAGCUUUCCUUCCGAGGUAGGCAGGGUUAAGGUAUACUAACAAAACGCACCCAGGGAGGUCACACUGACAUUGUGGUGUACAAACCACCAGAUGUAAAAGAUUUUUUUUUUUUAUCAAUAAACUCUAUUUAGCAGUG